GAUUGAGGUUGAUGUCAGAGGUUGCUGACGUGCACAAGAUGAAGGUCUACGGCUGGAUAGCAGUGGCUGUGUUGCUCGUUCAGGCUCAACAAGGGUCCCCUUCCAAGGUGCACGUGUCUGAAGGGAAAACGGUGGAGCUCAAGUGCCCUCACGCCUCUGCACUCCCGGUCCGCUGGGCGAAAAAAGUGAAUGGGAGCCUGGUCUCCCUGCUGGACCACAACGAGGGCGGACACUUCAGCCUGGCCGCGGACAACCGCACUCUGACGGUGCAGCGGGCGCUAUCAGAACACAGCGGCCUGUACCACUGCCAGGGUAAGAACACAGUGUACCUUAAGGUGGAUCCGCCCCUUCAGGUGGACCAACCAGUCACCUCUGCUGACUACCGGUGGAUCCCGGUGGCCCUGGCACUGGGCGCGGCCCUGGUCAUUCUGAUUCAUAGGAAGCACCGUUCCAGGGAAACACUUCAAAACCACAGGAACGACCCUACACCCGACCUCGUCGUGACCUCUGACCCGACCUCUGAAGGGGUGUAUGAAGAGAUCCCGGACCAAGGCGACGUCCUGCGACGGGAAUCAGGCGGUGGAAACGUUUAUCAUCCGGCCUAUGCCCCGCCCCACGGUAACCACCCCUACGCCAAUGUGGAUGAACCAUGGUCCAUGGAGCGCUAGCCCGUAGUGCUAGGAAACUACGCUAGCCCACGCUGCUCUCCUAUUGGAGGGAAUUCUGACCAGUCACAACCCUCCUGUGGGGAAAAAAAUAAAUCUGUUGUAAUGUUUAUCUUAUUUCAUCAAUUAAUAUAAUGUUCUGAAUAAAAUGUUAUUUUAAAUCUUUUUUAUAUAUAUUAUAUUUAUAUCUAUAUAUAUAAAUCGAUAUAGAUAUAUCGAAAUAGGGAUGUAGAGCUAUCCAUACAGCUCUGUAAACUCACCUUCACUUCAUACUCAUAGUGCUCGUCCUUGCCCUGUCCGCGCAGCAGGUAGCGAGGAACGUUCACCUGUAGGGGCCCCUGCUGGGGCGGGGGGGCCGCAGGGGCAGUGGCGGAGCCAGGAAAUUUCCAUUGGGGUGGCCAGGAUGGGGCCAGUGAUAAUUUUUGGGUGGCAAGCAUGUGUCUCACCAGGAGAUGCAGAGCUAUUUAAGACACAUACAGCAAACAUCUCAACAUUAUUCGGAAUUCAGAUGAAGGUGCAAUAGAAAAGUAUUCAAUAUAUUUAAAUUGUUCUUAUACCUAAAGGCAAAGUAACAAAGAAGCUAAAACUUAAAAAAGAAUAUACACUUAUUCUGUAUUCAUACUUGUUUUUAAACUGUGCUGAUUUACCGAUUGCUAUUUGUGUUUUUAUUUGUAUUGUACGACUGAGUCGAACAAUGGUUGUACAGAUAUGCAUGGACAGCAAGGUAUUCUAUUUUAUAGUAGAGAUGUCCUCAGUUUAUGGCGACAAGCCAAGUCAAUUCUCUCAGUGUAUCAUCAGGAAUACAAAACAAGGAUACAAAAUUAGAAGUGCAAUGUUUUUUUAAUCAAGUCUGAUCACAAUAUGGAUUUAUCUUUAAAUAACAAAAAGUAUAAAAUACUGAGCUAAUGUAUAGAAAUAUGAAAAUAAAUAAAAUAACAUCCUGAAUACAAUUUGCUGAAUUCCAACAAAUGUAAAUAUGACAAGCAUUAACAUUAAAUAAGCAGUGUCAAUUUU